GAACAGAAACUUCAACUGCCACGCUCUUCCGUCCGCCCACCUUUGAUCCUCGUCCUUCCUGUGGAUCAGUUGUCGCGUGUGUCCGCUGUCCCAGCGACGAUCAACCCCAGCACACUUGGCCAUCCUCCUGACGAGUUGAGGCCUAUAUACAGCCGAUAGUCAGCGAUUGCGAACCUACGAACCCACGGUACCUGUCUCACGGUCUUACGGCGCCAUGGGAAAACGACUGCGAGUCCCAAACUGUACCCACCUGGACAUGGACCGCGUUUUCGGUCAAGAGCAGCACUGCGGCAUUUGCGGGCGCUCACCAUCUAUCGGGUUCCUGUAUGAAUGCAGACAGGACUGUGAACCCUGUCUUCUCCGCACUCUACUAGAACAAGAUCAGGAUAGCAUCGAGCCAGUCAAGUCUGCAUUGCGCCAAGAGUUAGAAAAGAUUGGGUUGGCCGAGAGUAUCAUCAUCACAGCGGAGAGCGGACAUUACACCAACACGCAACUGAACAAGCUCAAAGACCUGAAGCUUGAGCUCCAGCAGGUCAUUUUGGACACGCAACAAGCCACUCAAGCCAGCGAUGUCGUCUCUAGACUCACCGCUGCCAUGGCUAAGGCGCCAUAUAGCACCGACGGGGCCUUCAACAGUAUGCCUGAUAUGAACGCAAAUUCCAUGGGAUGCAACGUAAGAGCCUGCCAUACAUGUCGCCCGUACUAUCGAGAACGGAUGUACAUCCCCUUCCAAGCGGUACUCAACGCAGAGUUCCCACCCAUGACACGGGAAGACAUGGAGGAGCUCCCGACAAAAUCCGCACACGUCAUGCGUACCAUCGGCACUCGAGCGCAGCCAUUGCCGUCCUCCACGACUCUAGGCACUUCCCCAUCGACACUGCCCAAUUCAAAUUCUUUCGCUACUUCUGCAGGCUCACCAUUCACCGCCUCAUCCAACACCACCCAUUCAAGCGAAGCGACAUUCAAGACCACCCAGACUGACGUGGACGAGAUCUCCGCGCAGCGCCGCCCCCGCCGACGGUUCUACAAGAUAGGUCGUCGAUCGUCCGUAGACAUUGCCCGCUCCCUUUCUCGCGGGUCCAGUCUCCUCACAUCCCAAGGUCUCAAAUCUGCUGUCCAGGGCAUCUUCCGCCCAGGCCGAGAGUCCAGCUCCGAAGGCUCUAACAUCACUCUCCCCCUCCCACGGACUGGCACAGUGCGUGAUAACACCGGUUCUCCGCCUGUAGGCGAGUUCGAUCUCGGAGCUUUGCGUCGGGUUCGGAAGCAGAAAGAGCGCAAUGAGAUCAAGAACGGAACAUUUACUGGUGGCUUCGAGAAUGUCACCGCACAUGUCACCGCGCCCAGUGACCCAGCGUCGGGAAACAACAGUAGUACCGACUCUGAGUUUUCGGUAUACUCCUUCACAACUGAAGGGGAAGUUGAAGUCGCAGUAGAAGGUGUGGCACUUACAGAAGAAGCCGCUGAGACGCACAUACCCGAUCUUGUUGCCCUCAACGUACCUGCUAUUCAGAAGCUGGAUGCGGUGAUCAAGACCGCAGAGAUUAACACCUCCGAGGUCGAAGAGGACGCGACUAUUGGAUUACAAAGCAUCAUGACGCAGGUAUAGGGAGGACCACCGUCAGAACUCUUGGACAUAUCAAGCAGGCGGCCAGUAGGAAAACGGAGUUCAGGAGAUGCGGUUUGAUGAUUUCAUGAUAACGGAACAACAGUCAUGGUUCAUACGAGAUUACGACUGGGUAAUAGGGAAGGGAAGCGGAAGUAGGUGGAGAUUUGCUCACACGUCUCCUUUGAUCCCCUCUUCUUGCUCGGAUGAUGACUAGAGCAGUAUCAUUAUCCGUAAUUUAAAGCCUUGCUACACUUCAAUCAACGAAAAGAAUGGAAGCCCUAGAGCAAACGU